CAGUCGCGACCGAGUGACGAUGGGUCCAAUUCACUUGAACUCACACAGGUGUGAAUUGAAAAUGCAAUGCAAAUCAUGUCAGAAUAAACGAGUGUGUGUCAAUUAUUGUACCGCCAGUUGUCAUAACAUAUCAUCCUGUUAUGUUGGGUCGGAGAAGUUAUGCCGCUUGAGUGACAUGAAACAUUUAUGAACAAAUAUACGGCAUGAAGGAAUUAUCGGAGCAUGCAUAUCGUUUGACCACAACAUAGCCAGAUGGCUACAGUAGUUAGAGCCGAUGUCGAAUCGAAUCUGCCUGUUCGCCGUUCUUUUGAGCUGUUCUUUGAAAGCAAUUCUAGGAGAGAAAAGCACUGCUUGCAGCCAAAGAACAGUUGAUAAUCAUUGCUGUCGAUUUCCGUUCUAUUAUAAAGGAAUACGAUACAGGAGUUGUACGUACCACGGUGAUAUUCAUAAUCGAUUUUGGUGCGCCACAGAAGACUUCAAAUACAGUAGAAAUGUAUCCACCAGCUGGGGAUAUUGCAAAUUAACAGAUUCUCAGUGUUUUGUAAAAACUACAGAUGGAGACUGCUGCAUUUUUCCGUUUAAGUAUCGUGGAAAGGAGUACGAAAACUGUGCCGCUACAGAGGAUAAUCCAGAAGGUCUUUACUGGUGCGCGACAAAGUCAGAGUUUGAUGGAAGCGUGAACGGAUCGGGCUGGGGUUACUGCGCAGGGACAAAAUGCUUCUCUUGUCAAAGUACCAUUUCUUGGGACCACUGUAACACGCACAAGGUAGAAAAGACAUGUCCAUUCAGAUUUGAACACUGUGCUACGUUCAACAAAGAAGAAACGCACGACUCUGAAAAAAAUUCCAACCAAGCCAAUAACACAACCAAGAUAUUUGCAAAAGAUUGCGCUUUGGGCAGCGAGUGUUCUAAACCAGGUUCUCAUUGUAAUGAACAAAGCAGCAUUACUGAAUCAUGUUCAUAUGGAUGUUGCCAUGGACACCUGUGUAACGGUGGAACACACUCGACGACAAGCCCGCACGGGAGUUUGGCUUUCCUUUUUUCGAUCGUGUUAGCCAUUAUUUUUUCCUCGCGGACGAGUGAAGCGAGACGGAAACGCAAGAAUUGCGAAAGUGGGAAACAAGCAUUACUUCAAUCAUAGUUAGCAAGUUGUCGCUCUGUCCGUGUAUUAGUCAAGUCGUCUCCAGGUCACCUAAGAUGAUUCCCGGAUGAGUUCUUAUUUAUUAAUUCUCCAUUUAUAUCAGCACUCGAGAAUGAAACGACUUCGAGAAUAUCCGCCCCCUCCCCCCACGCCCCAAUAGGAUGCUAGUCCAUCACAGGCCUCCUUCUCUCGGCACCUAAUUUGCUGAUGCUUAUUUAUUCCCGUAGAUAAAGAGAGGAAACGUGGGAGAAAAGUGUGCUGCCUAAGAAAGCAAGGAUACGAGCUGUUUUUAAGUCUUUAUUGUUGAUAGAGUGUUACACAGACUGAACGUUAAAAUGAUUUAACUACAAAUGAACGGUAUACGUGAAAUUACAACAAAUAGAUAUCAUCCAGAGGUACUUUGUUACCUCACCAUCUAAUGCAUGCUUCUCGUAUUAAGGAACACAAUAAAUCUUGUCUGAACGUACUGGAAUCUCGUGACAGUGCGAUUUUGUCUUACUGAUUCAAUUGCAGUGUAAUACAGUAAUCCUUGUCAGGGUUUGGCUACGAAUGUCCUGACUAUGAAGUUCUACGAAAGCACUUCAUAACCGAUGAAACACAGCCCAGAAAGCCAGAGUAAUGACGACCAAGUUGAGCCAGCAUUACACAGGUCAUCUGAACAACAGGUGACAUCACAAUCCCCAGUCCUCGCCUCUUUGGCUUGUUUGCAAUUAUUCCUUGCAGUUUCACACAUCAUGUUAUUGGCGCAGUCUCUUGCAAUCUGAAAGAAAAUAUUUACAGAAAUAAACGGAGAAGGAAAGGGGGAGGCGAAAAACACGACGGAUAAGGGAAAACUUUUCCGUACCCCACCUCACCAGCUGCCUUUCUCCUCCUUUCCCUGCCCGCCACGCCUGUUAUGCAGGCUACAGUCGCAGCCAGUACACAACUGACUAUUCCACUGCUGGGUUAUUUUCUGUCUGAGAGCCUCGAUAAACAACUGCCAAUCUAAUUCUCAGAAUUCGCAUUAUCCUCAUCCACACAAGUUUCCGGUAGCCUCACCAAUCAUCUUGGAAAUAAACGAGGUUCACUUGUAGUGGAGCUCUUAUUUACACCUCCCUAGCUCGUGCUGACAAAUGCAAUAGCUAGUAAGAAUUUACAUCAGACGCUGAUUUUUCUCCCUUUAAAAUCACUGAGAGUAGAACUCAGGAAAUCACUGACCAGCUCGGGGAUAUCAUCUCGAUAAACUCGGUUCCAAAUACUUUGAAUUGACAUUGAAGAUGGGUCAUUUCGUUUUUGGGAAAUUAAUGCAUACAAGCUUGGAUAAUAACGAUAAAGAACCUUACAGGCCAGUAGUCCCGAGUUCAAGGUCCUCCACCCGAGUACAACUCCACGGGUACUGGCUGUCAACCUGUUCGGAGUGGCCUGCGUGAAAACAAGCUUUAAGCUUAGCCUUUUAACAGGCCGCUCACUUCACUCAAGCCCAGUUCGUUCUCGGCUCUUUCUGCAGCGGUCAGACCCUUCCAGCCGGAGCCUUUUCACAAGCUACUUUGAGCUAACAUGAAAGUUGUAAUCAUACAUUGAUAUUUUACAUUAAUACAGAACAACAUAAUUAAUACCUAAAAUCUUAAAAGUUGUUGUCACUGACUUAAAAAUCUUAAAAUAGACGUUUCGGCUA